AUGUCUUCUCCAGUUAUUGGUAUUUCAUUUGGUAACACUUCCUCUUCCAUUGCAUACAUCAAUCCAAAAAAUGAUGUUGAUGUUAUCGCAAACCCAGAUGGUGAACGUUCUAUCCCAUCUGUGUUGUCAUAUGUAGGGGAUGAUGAAUAUCACGGUGGUCAAGCUUUACAACAAUUGAUUAGAAACCCAAAGAACACUAUUAUCAACUUCCGUGACUUUAUUGGUUUACCAUACAGUCAAUGUGAUAUCACAAGAUGUGAAGAUGGUGCCCCAGCUGUUGAAGUUGAUGGUAAAGUUGGUUUUGUCAUUGCUAGAGGUGAAGGUAAAGAAGAAACUUUAACCGUUGACGAAGUUAUUUCUAGACAUUUGAAACAAUUGAAAUUAGCUGCUGAAGAUUAUAUUGGUACUACUAUCUCUCAAGCUGUUCUAGCUUUACCAACAAACUUCACUGCUGAACAGAAAACCGCUUUGGGUGUUGCUGCUGCUAACGUUGGUUUAGAAAUCGUCCAAUUCAUUAACGAACCUUCUGCUUCUUUGUUGGCUCAUGUCGAACAAUUCCCAUUCAAGGAUGACGUCAAUGUCGUUGUUGCUGACUUUGGUGGCUCAAGAUCCGAUGCCGCUGUUAUUGCUAUUCGUGGUGGUAUAUUCACUAUUUUAGCUACCGAGCAUGACACAACUUUAGGUGGUAAUGAUUUGGAUAACGAAUUGGUCGAAUAUUUUGUUAAAGAUUUCGAAAAGAAGAACAAAUCUAAUCCAAGAAAGAACACUAGAUCUAUGGCCAAAUUGAGAGCCAACGCUUCUGUUACUAAGAAAACCUUAUCUAACGCUACUUCCGCUACCAUCUCAAUUGACUCUUUGGCUGAUGGUUUUGAUUACCAUGCCUCUAUUAAUAGAAUGAGAUUCGAACUAGUUACAAACAAAGUUUUCGCUAGAUUUUCCUCUUUUAUCGAAAAGGUAAUUGCCAAGGCUGAAUUAGACCCAUUAGAUAUUAAUGCUGUCUUGUUAAGUGGUGGUGUUGCUUUCACCCCUAAGUUAUCUUCCAACUUGGAAUUCUUAUUCCCAGAGUCUGUUGAUGUAUUAGGUCCACAAAAUUCUGAAUCAUCCAACUAUCCAAAUGAACUAUCUGCUUCUGGUGCUGCUUUACAAGCUGGUCUGGUUACCAUUUAUGAUGAAGAUGAAAUGAAGGAAGCUUUACAACCAAUUGUCAUCAAUACUCCACACUUGCAAAGAGCUAUUGGUUUAGCUGGUGCCAACGGUGAAUUCUUACCAGUUCUAAUGGCUGAAACUUCUUACCCAGUUAAGAAAUCUAUUAAAUUAAAGGAAGCUUCUGGUGAUCUAUUGAUUAGUGUCCAUGAAGCUGAACAUCACAUUGAAGAAAAAACUUUGGAGCCAGCUCCAAAGCAAGAAGAUGAAGAAGACGAAGAUAGUGAAGAAUGGUCUGAUGAUGAACCAGAAGUCGUUAGAGAAAAACAUUACACUUUGAGUACUAAAUUGAUGGAAUUGGGUAUUAAAGGUGUUAAAAAGGGUGUUGAAGUCACUUUCCAAUUAAAUAAUGAUGCUAAGUUGAAGGUCAUCGUUAAAGACUUAAAGUCCGGUAACAUUGUCAAGGGCGAAUUAUAA